AUGGGAUCAUCCUGCAAAGAUAUCCGCGAACAACUCGCACAAUGCGUCCUCGUCUCCGACUGCGUCAUGGCGGGCGGGAACUCCGUGAAAGACUGCCUCAGAAACCCAGAUCUACACGACCAAGUACCCUCAAAGUGCUUCUUACUCAGACAGCAGUACUAUGACUGCAGAAGGGGGAUGCUUGAUCCACGAAAGAGGUUUAGAUUAAAUGCGCCGCUUCCGAAGAACUUGGACGCUGAUGAGGAGUAA